UUCUGGGCCAAAAACAAAGUAGAACAGUAUUUUACUGCUUCUCUGUUGCACCACACUCAGAUCAGCGAUCGGCUCUGUCGCUCUGAUACAUCACUGUCCUGGUCUUUGAUGCAUUUGUAUGUUAAUAAACCACAUUACUGACACUUUGGUCCAUUAAUAUCCAGGUUAUUGAUGAGCCUGUGCUGUCACUCACCUCUGUAUCUCUGCAGAGAAAACAAGAUCUUACGUUUGUGUUUACUUGCUCUUUAAAGGUCCACCUUUCUCUGAGAGGCCUCUGAAAAUCCCUCCUUUGUUCAGGGUCAAAUAACCUCCUGACAUCCUGUUGCCUGGGUUUGGAGGGGGGAGGGAGAAGGUGGGAGCGAGCUCUCACUCUGCUUGUGUUUUCAGGCACCAACAGGGAAAAGAAGAAUUUGCUUUUACUGGUAAUUUUGUCCAGAAAGAGAAAAGAAAAGAAGAUUUAUGUUAAAAAUAGGAGACACUGGUCCUUUACCAGUGAGAUGAAAUGAGAUGUUGUAUAUUUUGGGUCAGUUUGGUCUCAAGUCUGUAUUUACAGAAGGAGCCAUAACUUCUGUCUGAGUCACAGCUGCCACAUAAAGCAGAAUAUAAAGCUUCAUAGGUAUUUAAACCUGUUUGAUAAAGACAGUAAACUCUGGUUUCUUAAACUCGCGACAGAGUAAGACGUCCUUCAAAACAUAAAAGAUCUUUGACGCGCAAACACGCUUCCUCAAGUUCCCCGUUGCCAUGGAAACUCUCGCAUCACAAACUGACUCCACUUUGGAUAAUUUAUAGAAGGAACAAAAAAAGAAACACACCAGUAAAAAAACACGGCGAUGUCCGGAUCUAGAGAGCGGGCUCUACUGGAGCUGAACCUGCGCAGGGAGACGUGGUGUCAGGUGGAGAUGAACCCCCGUCAGUCCUGGGAGAGGACCCAGAGGAGACACUGCGGGAGCCACCUGCGGACCAGCCCGGUCCUCCUCACCACUUUGACCGGACCGCAGCGCAGCACGACGGCCCGCACCGAGAGGCCGCCCCCCGUCAAACUUCCAGAGAGAAGGCACUUCGAAGAAAGCUAUAAAUCUCACCUGGUGUAGACGGCUGCAGACCUCACACAUGUACACAUGGCACCUGAACACACCUCAACUCUUCAGGAUUUUAUUUCCAUAAAUAGUGUUGUGUUGUGCAACUGUUCAACAAGAAUACAACAUAAU